GUAGAUAGAUAAUGGGAAGGUAAUCUUUCAUUUUUUUUUCUAAUUUUAGUUCUCUUUCUCCUCCCCUGUGAGCUGUGACCGGAAGAUAAGAUUGAAACAGAAGAAGGGAAAAUCCUAAUCAACUGAGCCAGCGGUUUGUCACUAAUCCAAAAACCCUACCUUCCAAGGUUGAAAAAAAUUAAGUCGUGUGCAGAAGUCUCCAUGAAAACAAGGUUUUCAGGGUGGUAGAGCUCGUUACAGACAGCAGAGAUGAAUUUCCCUGCGACCUUUCACGAUAAUUUCUCCUCCAUUUUGCAGUGCACAUCUUGCUAUGAGUUUCGUUUCCAUCCAGUUGUGGCUUCUUCAAUUCUUUUGAGACGAAAAUGUUUUCGUGGCGACAAGUUGCAAGCAAAUCCUGUAUCGAGGCUGGUCUUUCAGAGGACAAGGAGAACGAUCAUUUGCCGUUUGUCGGAAACGGAGACUGAACCGGACAGUAAUAAUGAUAAGGAAAAACAAAUACUUGAAAGUGGAGAAAUGCCAUCUUCCGCGAAUCCAAUUAUGCAAACCAACCAAGAGAUUGACUCUCAACCUGCUGUCUCUGAUCCAGUAACUCCUCAAGAUGAGAACCAAGCAUCCGUGGUUGAAAUGCUUGAUUCAGAUGACAAAGUAAAAAACAGUAAUGGAGAACUCAAAGCUGAAGGUGAUACCAAGGCAAGUGAUAAUGUAGAAGUUGCAAGUGGAUCUCCUCUACCAGGUGUGAAGCAACUGGGUGAAGCAAUCAGGAUCCCAAAGGAAACAAUUGACAUCCUUAAAGAUCAAGUAUUUGGUUUUGACACUUUUUUUGUGACAAGUCAAGAUCCUUAUGAGGGUGGAGUGUUGUUCAAAGGGAAUUUACGUGGGAAGGCUGCUAAAAGUUAUGAAAAGAUAACAAAGAGGAUGCAAGAUAAAUUUGGUGAUCAAUAUAAGCUUUUCCUUCUCAUCAAUCCAGAAGAUGAUAAACCUGUGGCAGUAGUGGUUCCAAGAAAGUCUUUGCAGCCAGAGACAACUGCGGUGCCAGAAUGGUUUGGAGCAGGUGCAUUUGGAUUGGUUACCAUUUUUACCUUGCUUCUCCGAAAUGUACCUGCACUACAGUCAAACUUGCUAUCGACUUUUGACAAUCUUGGCUUGUUGAAGGAUGGCCUUUCUGGAGCCCUUGUAACUGCACUUGUUUUGGGUGUGCAUGAACUUGGCCACUUUUUAGUUGCUAGAAGCACUGGAAUUAAGCUUGGGGUGCCAUAUUUUGUUCCUAGUUGGCAGAUAGGCUCUUUUGGUGCCAUCACAAGGAUAGUAAAUAUUGUGCCUAAGCGUGAGGAUCUUCUGAAGCUUGCAGCAGCUGGACCUUUGGCUGGUUUCUCUGUAGGGUUUGUCUUUCUGCUCCUUGGGUUCAUCUUACCACCUACUGAUGGUAUUGGUAUUGUUGUAGAUUCGUCUGUUUUCCAUGAAUCACUUCUUGUUGGGGGUAUUGCAAAGCUUCUUCUUGGAGAUGUUCUGAAAGAAGGUACACCAAUAUCUGUCAACCCACUUGUAGUUUGGGCAUGGGCUGGACUUCUUAUUAAUGCCAUCAAUAGUAUCCCUGCGGGCGAGCUUGAUGGGGGUCGUGUCUCUUUUGCACUAUGGGGAAGAAAGGUUUCUGCUCGUAUAACUGCUGUCUCCAUUGCUUUGCUUGGACUUGCUUCAUUGUUUAAUGACGUGGCUUUCUAUUGGGUCGUUCUGAUAUUCUUCUUGCAGAGAGGUCCAAUUGCUCCAUCGUCAGAGGAGAUUACCGAUCCUGACAACAAGUAUGUUGCUCUCGGCAUUGCAGUUUUGCUUUUGGGGUUGCUGAUAUGCUUUCCAUACCCAUUCCCUUUUACUAGUGAAGAUAUUGCAAGCUUCUAAUACAUGGUCCACAUGUAUGCCAUUUACGGCUUUCCCGUAGAUAUUGGAGGGUGCGAUUUCCGGGAAGUAUUCAGGACAAUAGUUCGGAGUCUUCGGACUCCUUCAUGAGUUUAUAACACGUGAAAAUGUAUAGAAAGUUGGCCAUUUGUUUUGUUUAUUCUGCUCUCUAGCAAGCGCAACAAAAUUUUGGUGGAAAUGUUGGCUCCCAUGCAUCAAAUCAAACUGAUAUAAAUUUGUUAAGCAUAUUAAAGCCUAUUUGGAUAGCUGAUUCAA